UGCGCAUUCGCCCACUUGUGAAGCAGCCUCUAUUGUAAAUUCCUUUUUUAUCGGCAGACAUGGCGGACAACACGGGAAGUGUGGUCUCCGCGUUAAUGUACGAUUUUUUGUCCGGUAUUGAUAAAAACUUGGCCAAUGUGUUCCAAAAAAAGCAUAAAACGGCCGGUUUGCAAAAAGGCUCUCCCACGUUGACUGACAUUGUUUCGUAUUACUUGAAAACCGGACCUAAAUCGAAGCAAUUGAAACUAAAUUCAGCCGAAAGUGAUGGAAGUAGUAGCGAGGAUGAAGAGCCUCCAAAAAAGGUGGUCAAUGGCGUAAUUAAACAAACAAAACCUGGACAGAAAAAAGCUGAGUCGAGUAGCGACGACAGUUCUUCUGAAGAAGCUACCGCGAAGAAACCAGCUAUUAAAACACCUGCCAAGCAACAACCAGCUAAACCACCACAAAAACAAAAACAAGAGAGUAGCUCAGAUGAUUCGUCUGAAGACGAAGCACCGAAAGCAAAGCAAGCUAUUAAGAAAACACCGGCUAAACCUGCUGCUAAACCAGCCCAAAAGAAGGAGAGUAGCUCCGAUAACUCCUCUUCGGAGGAAGAAGCGCCCAAGAAAGCUCCAGUUAAGUCGAUUUUGAAGCCACCUGCGAAACCUGUCCAGAGCAAAAAAGAUAGUUCGGAAGACAGUUCUGAAGACUCAGAUGACGAACCCUCGAAGCCACAACAGAAAGUUGCGGCUAAACCCACAGUUAAAGUCAUUCCACAGAAAAAGGAGAGUUCAGAUGACUCAUCGUCUGAAGAAGAACAACCAGUCAAGGCCGCACCUAAACCCAUCGUCAAAACACCUGCAAAACCAGCCUUGAAGAAGAAAGAAAGCAGUUCUGAAGAUAGUUCAGAGGACGAAGCACCGAAAGUUCAAACUAAAGCAGUUGCGAAUAAAAAACCACCAGCAAAGAAGGAAAGUAGUUCGGAAGAUUCAUCUUCCGAAGAUGAAGCCACGAAAAAACCAGUCCAGAAACCGGUAACGAAAACACCGGUCAAGAAACAGGAAAGUAGUUCUGAAGACUCAUCCGAAGAAGAAGCCCCUAAGGCAAAAAUAACAAAACCAAGCCCGGCACAAAAACCAAUCCAAAAGAAGAAAGAAAGCAGCUCAGAGGAAGACUCCUCUGAAGAUGAGGCCCCAAAACCAGCGGCUAAAGCCCCACCGAAAGCCACUCCAGCCAAGAAGAAGCCUGAGAGUAGUUCUGAUGACUCAUCUGACGACGAACCGCCACAGAAAAAACAAGCCGUUGCUAAAACUCCACAAAAACCAGUCGCUAAAAAAUCGAAGGAAAGUAGUUCUGAAGACGGUUCGGAGGAAGAAGUUCCUAAAAAGACCGCCUCCGCGAAGCCGACUCCUGUGAAAAAGACUGAAGAUAGUUCUGAGGAAUCAAGCGACGAAGAGGAGAAAAAGACGGUUAAAACUCCGGCAAAGCCACAAGCUAAUGCGAAAAAAGUAGCGAAGAAGGAAAGUUCGUCUGAUGACAGUAGCGAAGAGGAGGAAGAAAAGACACCCAAGAAUAAAACUCCAAAAGCUGCCUCAACUCCAGCACCGAAGAAACUAGCGGCUAAUAAGGAAUCAUCAGAGGAAGAAGAGGAUGAAAAACCGGCUGAAGUAAUGACUAAAGGCGUGAAGAGGAAAGCUGAAGAUGAGGAAAAUGAUGGAUUCGUUGCCAAGAAGUCGAAUUAUAAUAAUUUCGUUAAGGCGGGACAGAAUAACAGCUUCAAUGGAAAUAAUAAGGAUGAAGGAAACGAAGACAGUUGGAACAAAAAUAAACGCGAUUCAUUCGGUAAUCGUGGUGGGAGGGGUGGCCGCGGUGGCGGCGGUUUCAGAGGAGGACGUGGUGGGGGCGGUUUUAGAGGUGGCCGCGAUGGGGGCGAUUUUAGAGGUGGCCGCGAUGGGGGCGAUUUUAGAGGUGGUCGCGAUGGGGGCGAUUUUAGAGGUGGCCGCGAUGGGGGCGAUUUUAGGGGUGGCCGCGGAGGCGGCGGUUUUAGAGGCGGACGCGGUGGAGGCGACCGUGGCGGUCGUGGAGGAUUCCGAAAAUCGUUCGGUGAUAACGAUAGGGGCGGUCGUGGAGGAUUCCGAAAAUCGUUCGGUGAUAACGAUAGGGGCGGUCGUGGAGGGUUCCGUAAAUCGUGGGGUGACAAUGAUAGGGGUGGGGGUCGUGGGGGCUUCCGGAAAUCGUUUAGCGAGGGCGGGGGCAGAGGCGGGUUCAAUAACAGUUUUGGAUCCAAAACACCAGAAAAUAAGAAAAUUACCUUUGACAACUAGGUUUUUUAUUUCGUAAUGCGAGAGGAUCCUGGGGGGAAAGAGCAAAUAUGGACCUAAAACAUACCCGGGGAAAAUCCUUCCGUCACGAAAAAACCAAGAAAAAGCGCGGAUCGUAUCGUGGUGGUGUCAUUGAUACAUCUGUUAAUUCUAUUAAAUUUGAAUAGAUCUAGAAUUUUUUCAACACAGUA